CCUGGGGGCAAAGGACAGUCAGCUCUUGUCGGACACCCCGGACACCGGCUCUGCAGGCUCCAGCCAUGGCGGGCCCCGAGUGGGCGUCUCUGGAGCAGUGCUUGGAGAAACACCUGCCGCUUGGAGAUUUGCAGGAGGUCAAGCGCGUUCUUUACGGCAAGGAGACUAGGAAGCUCGAUCUGCCCAGAAGAGCGUUAGAAGCCGCCUUAGAAGGAGACUUCGAACUUCAGGGGUACGCCUUCGAGGCAGCCAAGGAGCAGCAGAGACGCCCCAGGAUCGUGCGCGUGGGGCUCAUUCAGAACAAAAUCCUCCUGCCCACAUCCGCCCCUGUGGCAGAACAGGUCUCUGCCCUCCACAGACGCAUCGAGGCCAUGGCCGAGGUCGCUGCAACGUGCGGGGUCAACAUCAUCUGUUUCCAGGAAGCGUGGACCAUGCCCUUUGCUUUUUGUACGAGAGAGAAGCUGCCGUGGACAGAGUUUGCUGAGUCAGCAGAGGAUGGGCUCACCACCAGGUUCUGUCAGAAGCUGGCAAAGAAGCACAACAUGGUGGUGGUGUCCCCAAUCCUGGAACGGGACAGAGAGCACGGGGGCGUCCUGUGGAACACAGCUGUGGUGAUCUCCAACUCGGGGGCAGUCUUGGGAAAGUCCAGGAAGAACCACAUCCCCAGAGUGGGUGACUUCAACGAGUCUACUUACUACAUGGAAGGAAACCUGGGUCACCCUGUGUUCCAGACCCAGUUUGGCAGGAUCGCGGUGAACAUUUGCUACGGGCGGCACCAUCCCCUCAACUGGCUCAUGUACAGCGUCAAUGGAGCUGAGAUCAUCUUCAACCCCUCGGCCACCAUUGGAGAACUCAGCGAGUCCCUGUGGCCCAUUGAGGCCAGGAAUGCAGCUAUCGCCAAUCAUUGCUUCACGUGCGCCAUUAACCGCGUGGGUCAGGAGCUCUUCCCCAAUGAGUUCACCUCUGGCGAUGGAAAGAAAGCUCACCGUGACUUUGGCUACUUUUACGGCUCAAGCUAUGUGGCAGCCCCCGACGGCAGCCGGACGCCUGGGCUCUCGCGGAACCAGGACGGGCUGCUGGUCGCCGAGCUCGACCUCAACCUCUGCCAGCAGAUGAGUGACAUCUGGAGCUUCAAGUGAGGGGCUUCAUGGAGCAGACAGACCUCAAGCUUCGUCAAGAGACCUGAGUUUGAGUUCUCAGUCUUCCCUGCUCCUGGCUGGUGACCCCAAGCGCCCCUCUCCUCUCUGGGUCGAAGACUGCUCUUCUGGCCUUCUUUAGAACCACAGCACAGCUGGUGGCUCCUCCAUCCUGCCUGGGAACAGACCUCGCCCCCCAGAGGGGAGGUCAUAGUACACAGGCUGGGCCGGCUGUGUGAACCACCCUGUUACCCAUGAACUUCACUGGACUCAGGGCUCAGGCCACGCGGGGCUUGUUGGUUUCUCCAUUACAGUCUGAACUUAUCCUGUGGGCCGCCAUGGUGGAGACAUUCCUGUCUCGUGACUGCCUCCUAGUGGCAAGUGGUGGUGGCAAGUAAGGUGUAGGUGGUUU